AUUGAUUACCAAGACGGAAGCAACAUAUUUAAUGAGGGAGGUGAUGGAAAUUCUCCAUUUGUGAUCGGAGGGCGCAAGCGUGGGUGGCAGGCUGAGGCCCAGUCUGAGUUAUAUGCGGAUAGCUCAAACUUUCAAGACGGAGUGCGCUUUUCCGUGUGUUCAGCGGCGGUAAUCUCAGUGCUCUUGCUCCUGGUCUUCCACUUUGAAGUGCUCAAUGAAGGCUUCGCUCGGUAUGUACCUCCCGGGUCUCUGUGGGCUCCUAAUUCUUGGGAAUUCAUCGUGUACACGCAGUACGUCCAACAAAUAGCGGCCAUUUCGGCGUUGACGCUCCUGAAGACGCCGUAUUUCCUCUGGAACUUCACAGACCUUUUUGCGUGGGCGAAUUUUCUCGUUUAUCGCGCUACGGACGAGUAUUCUACGGCUGGACGGCGUUUGAUGACUGUUAUCCUCGGGGGCCUUGUGGGUUAUGGUGAUCGGAUCGGGACAGACGAGAUGAAUCUGCUAACUAGCACGUGCGCGGGUUUCGCAAUUGUCAUUGGCUUCUUCCUUGGAGUUGUCUUGGGGUCGAGCAUAUGGAGCAAGUGGCGUGAGCGUCACAACCAGAACGGAAGAAGGGGCGUAGUGUGGCGCUGCUUGGGGUUGGUCCUUCUCGUUUGGUUCUUCUCCCUUCUCCCUCUGAGUAUGGUCGUGUCAUUUGAGGUGUCCAUGGAAUUCAAGGCACAUAGCCUGGAGCUCUGGCCAUUGCUGAUCUCAUUCGGUCUCCGUCCACGCGCAGUCUGGGGGGCGUUCUACUCGGAAUUCACCUACAGAGGCCGACUCUUCUUUCUGCUGAUGGUCGCUCUACAAAUAUGCACGGGGCUUUGCCUUGGCGCUGCGGAUGACAGUGAGAUGAUACUUAUCGUGCUCAUCGGGCUUUAUGUGCUGUUCUUGGUGGCGCUGUUCAUCGUGAAACCA